AUGUUUAGAUCCGUUAUUACACGUUGUGCAAACCCUAUCGUUAAGAGACAAUUAGCAGCCUCUUCCAAAACAUAUCCUAUGACACAUAUAUCAGCUAGAUUCUACUCUCCACCAAGUACACUCGAGAAGGGUGCUAUUACUUCUCGUAUGGUCGAUCUCUUGAAGACCUUUAAUAAGUCCGGUAACACAGAAGAAAUUACAGAGACUGCAUCAUUCCAAAAAGAUCUAGGUCUGGAUUCGUUGGAUCUUGUUGAAUUUAUCGUUGCUGUCGAAGAAGAAUUCAGCAUCGAGAUCCCAGAUAAAAUUGCCGAUGAUUUGAAGACUAUAGGUCAAACUGUUGAAUAUAUCAAGGAUGAAACAGAUGCUUCAUAA